AUGGCGAAUCAGAGAUCAGAGCGCGCGUCCCGUGCCGCAAACGAUCCAGUAUAUAGGCAGCGCCCUACGAACCGGGGCACCCAUUGCACCACCGCAGCUAAGCGACCAAUGACCAUGCACCAGCCCACCACUACCGAGUUUUUCAGGCCGCUGGACCAGUCCCAGCUCGCUUUCAUCCCGACGGACCUGGAAUCGAUCACCGAGACAGACUCCAUUGGACCGGCCAAAGACGCGGGUGCCGCUUACGAGCGGCACUCGCUGCGAGACUCGAUCUCCAGUGUAGGCCGCAACGCGUCCAGUCUGUUCAGUGACGUCGGCGUCUCUGACGCCGACGCGGGCCCGGAUCCGGAAAACCCGGAUCUAGACCGACUUUCCAGCGUCUCUAGCGGCUCGUCCCGGGGCUCGAACAUGAGUCACGGCAUACGUUACAAGAUCGUGCUCAAGCUGUCGCCCCGGGAGAUACAGCUGAUCCGCGAGACGUGGGCGAUCAUGCUGGGCUCAGACGCGGCCCUAGCGGGAACCGGCGGCAGCGGAUCUCGCCGGACCGCGGCAGGCGGCGUUCUGGGGUUUGUGCGGCGGUUUCUGGGCGAGCCCUCCGUGGACACAUCAUCGGGGACGGCGGCCGCGGGGACCUCGGCCCCGGCCCCGGCCUCGGCCCCGGCCCCGGCCUCGGCCCCGGCUGCCGCCCCGGGGUUUCCGCGGCGUAGCUCCGCGGCUUCCUUGCCGCAAACGGCCCUGCACAGUCACCUGGCAAAAGCUCGCAGCGCUAGCAGCGCCAGCGCUGCUAGCGCUGCGAGCGUUUCCGCAACGGCGGCGGCGGCGGCCUCCGGGGUCCGAGUCGGAGCCGCCCAGCCCACGCGCAUGGCGUCUGCGGCUAUUUCUAGCUCGCUGUUCUGCACCCAGUUCUACUCCAACUUGCUCUCGAUGGACCCGGAGCUUGAGCGGCUGUUUCCUUCGAUCCGGCACCAGGCGGUUGCGUUCGCCGGGGUCCUGACCACGGCGAUCAACAACCUCGAGAACCUGCCCUUGCUCGACGAGUACCUGAUGGGGCUGGGCAAGCGGCACUCGCGGAUCCUGGGCGUCGACACUCCGCAUUUCGAGCUCAUGGGCGUGGCGUUUUUGAAGACGAUCCAGGACCGGUUCGGGAUCCACUCGACUCUCGAGCUUGAAGAGACGUGGUCGCGGCUGUACUCGUACCUUGCGAACAGCAUCCUGCAGUUCGGCAUCGAUCCCGUGCUGAAAAUAGACCCGGACCAUGCCCACGCGGCCGUGUACCCGGCGCCUGCGGUUUUAGCCGCCAGGCACACGCCGGCUUCCGGGGCUUCCGGGGCUUCCGCGGCGCUGGCUGCGCGUGCCGCGCAGGCCGCGCCGAAACAUUCCGUGCGUCCGGCGCCGCAGCCGCCGGCGCAGAAAGGGGCGCCCGCUCGUCCGCAGCCGCCCAGCACGUCCGCGCAGCGCCCUGCGGCCGGCGGCAGCGGCCAAAAGGAAUGCGUCAUCAUGUGA